AUGCCGAGCGGCAGCUCCGCGGCCCUGGCCCUGGCGGCGGCCCCGGCCCCCCUGCCGCAGCCUCAGCCGCCGCCCCCGCCUCCCCCCCCGCCGCUACCGCCGCCGCCCCCCGGAGGUCCGGAGCCCGAGCGGGACGGGCUCCUGCUGCGGGAGCGCCUGGCCGCGCUAGGCCUCGACGACCCUCGCCAGGCGGACACCACCGACCCGUCGCUCCGGGCCGCGGUGGCGGCGGCUCAAGCUCAGGCCCGGAGGAUGGUGGGGCUGUCCCCGGAGGAGCGGGCUCACCCCGGCCGGCCCGGGGCCCCGGAGACGGCGGAGCUGGAGCUGGAGCUAGAGGAGGAGGAGGAAGCAGAGGUGGACGGGGACCUGCUGGAGGAGGAGGAGCUGGAAGAGGAGGACGAGGAGGAGGAGGACCAGGACCGGCCGCCGCUGCUGCUGCUUUCGCCGCCCGCCGCCGCCGCCUCCCAAAGCCAUCCAAUUUCGGGCGGGUCCCUGGGCUCGGUGCUGCUCCCUGCCCCAGGCUUCGACGCUCGGGAGGCGGCGGCGGCGGCGGCGGCGGCCGGGGUGCUGUACGGAGGGGACGAUCCCCAAGGCAUGAUGGCGGCGAUGCUGUCCCACGCCUACGGCCCCGGCGGCUGCGGGGGGGCGGCGGCCGCAGCGGCGGCAGCGGCCGCGCUGAACGGGGAGCAGGCGGCUCUCCUCCGGAGAAAGAGCGUCAACACCACUGAGUGCGUCCCGGUGCCCAGCUCCGAGCACGUCGCCGAGAUCGUCGGUCGCCAGGGUUGUAAAAUUAAAGCACUAAGGGCCAAGACAAAUACAUAUAUCAAAACACCUGUUCGUGGUGAAGAACCUAUUUUUGUUGUCACUGGACGGAAAGAAGAUGUAGCCAUGGCUAAAAGGGAAAUUCUCUCAGCUGCUGAGCACUUCUCCAUGAUUCGAGCAUCUCGUAACAAAAAUGGUCCUGCACUGGGGGGGUUGCCAUGCACACCCAACUUGCCAGGUCAGACCACAGUCCAAGUCAGGGUACCUUACCGUGUUGUAGGACUGGUGGUUGGACCCAAAGGAGCAACAAUUAAAAGGAUUCAGCAGCAGACCCACACAUAUAUAGUUACUCCAAGCAGAGAUAAGGAGCCUGUCUUUGAGGUGACAGGUAUGCCUGAAAAUGUAGACCGAGCACGUGAAGAAAUAGAAAUGCAUAUUGCCAUGCGUACUGGAAACUACAUUGAGCUAAAUGAAGAAAAUGAUUUCCAUUACAAUGGUACAGAUGUGAGCUUUGAAGGGGGAACCCUUAGCUCAGCAUGGCUUUCUUCCAAUCCAGUUCCUCCUAGCCGCACCAGAAUGAUAUCCAAUUAUCGAAAUGAUAGCUCCAGUUCUUUGGGAAGUGGUUCUACCGAUUCUUACUUUGGAAGCAAUAGGUUGGCUGACUUCAGUCCAACAAGCCCAUUCAGCACAGGAAAUUUUUGGUUUGGAGAAACACUACCAUCUGUGGGCUCAGAAGAUCUUGCAGUUGAUUCUCCUGCCUUUGACUCUUUACCAACAUCCUCCCAAACUAUCUGGACUCCUUUUGAACCAGUUAACCCACUCUCUGGUUUUGGUGGUGACCCUUCUGGUAACAUGAAGACUCAGCGUAGAGGAAGUCAGCCAUCAACUCCUCGACUCUCUCCCACAUUUCCUGAAGGCAUAGAACAUCCACUUGCUCGGAGGGUUAGGAGUGACCCACCUAGUACAGGCAACCAUGUUGGCCUUCCAAUAUAUAUCCCUGCUUUUUCUAAUGGUACCAACAGUUACUCCUCUUCCAAUGGUGGUUCCACAUCUAGUUCACCUCCAGAAUCAAGACGAAAGCACGACUGUGUGAUUUGCUUUGAGAAUGAAGUUAUUGCUGCCCUAGUUCCAUGUGGCCACAACCUCUUCUGCAUGGAAUGUGCCAACAAGAUCUGUGAAAAGAGAACGCCAUCAUGUCCAGUUUGCCAGACAGCUGUUACUCAGGCAAUCCAAAUUCACUCUUAAAUAUAUAUAUAUACAUAAUAUUAUAUCUCUAUAUGGACUCUUAAAAGCAUGGGUAUAAUGGUACCCCCAGUAAACUUCCUAAUGAAUUCUUAUGACUGUUAUCAGGCUUUAUUGGGAUUAGGCUAAAGUUGUUAGUAAACUUGUAUUUUCUAAAAGGCUGCUAUGGUAACACUAACUAGGUGGUCUCUGUCUACUAGUUUGGUUUUAAUUACUGUUCUAAUAAACAGAGACAUAGCUCACAUAAGAUUGAUUAAAAGUUGAGUUCAACUCAGCUUUCAUAACAUGGAGAUGAUAGGCUUUUAUAGGCCUAUGAGAGAAGUUGUGACUUCCAAUAUUUGAAGGCGAUAAGUCCCGUAGCCUAACCAUAUUAAAAGUUUAUGGAGGGUACUUGGCAUUAUUGAUCUAUCAGACACUUCCAGUGCUGCCUUCUUUACACUGCCAGUUUUGAAAAACAGGUUUUUUAUUUUACAACAACUUAUGCCUAAUUCUGCAGGAUUGCAAGUAACUUUUUAAUGCAUAGUUUUGACUUAUUGGAAUGGAUAGGGCUGGUGGCAGUUGAAUAGAUCACUGUUAAUAAUUUGGGAAGAAAACUGCUACAUCGACCUUCAUCUCGCCCAGAGUUUUUGUGGAUGGUGUGAUCAGAGGAUCAAGAAUGGAUUUGUCUCAAUUGUGAAUUCCUACCCAUUGUUUCUCUUAAUGUAAUGGAAAAAUCUAUUUGGAUUUUUCUCAUUUCACUAAGAGCUUUGGGAUGCACAUAUUUUGGCUAAUAGUGAGGAUGCUAACAUUCCAUUCAUUAGUCCGAUCAAGCUAUUAAUUACUUUUAGAGAGUAUAUAGAUCUAAAUGUGAAACAUUUUUAUGUUCAAUCCAUAUUUGUCUUGCACAUUAUAAAUAUAUUUUAUUUUUAGUAAUCAAAAGGGGAGGGGAGGGAAUGGGAGGGAUAACAAUGCCCUAAGCAUAAUAUACAAAAAGCAGCUGUGACAAUAACCUGCAAUCAGUUUACUUCAUUUCAAAACUUAUUUCCAAUCAUAAGGAAAGAUUUAUUUAAAAUGAGCUUUUACAUUUCAACCUGUGGAUGUCUUUAACUUCAUCAUCCUCAGUACAACCCCAAAUCUGUGUUGGCAUCAAAAAGGACAAAACGGUAUCCCAACGAAUUUUUCUACUAAUUAUUUUUGAAGCAUUAUUUUCCCAAGACACAAAAGAGCUUUUUUUCUCAGUAUAACAAAAAAAAAAUUGAAAUCCUAUGUGUAUUGAACUAGUAAAUAAACAAAUUUUAUUUUUUAUUUCCACUUGAAGAGUUACAUUUCGUAUAAAAGUUUACAAAUAACGGUUUUUAUUUUGAUUUUUUUCAGUAUAAAAGUUGCCUUGAUGGCAUAUUAUGAUGUAAUGCAUACCUUUAAUGCUAAUUGCUUGUAGGAUAGUUAAAUGUCAGUAUUGAAGCCUAAUCUUUAGCUGCCGUCUUGUAGAUAUGAACGAAUGUUCACCAAGCAUGUAUUUUGUAUUUUAUUGCAUCGUACACUGCAACUAAUAAGCCAAGGAAUCGACAUAUAUUAGGUGCGUGUACCAUUUCUAUAAACUACAAACUAAGAAUGAUAAAACUAUCAAUAUAGUUUAGUAUUUGCUAAUUUUACUACACUUUUUUGUUAUGUAUAUGUAGGGAAGUCAUAGGGAUUAUAAAUUCAAUUUGAGUAAAGUUUAAAAACCAUAUAUUUUAUGAUAAAGGGCCUUUAACUGAAGAUGGCCAAAGCACUGAUAUUAUAUAUUUGCUGUAAAGAGAAUUAUAAGAGUUUUAUUUUUCUGAUAUUAAAAGUUACUUAAUAAAGACUUGUUUCCAUUAACUUGAAUGUAUCUCCUUGCUGUUUUCAUCUUGUCAUUGGCAAUUUGAAGUAGCAUGACACAUUUCCAAAUGUAAAUUUUCUUUUAUGGGUUUUUUUUUUUAAUUUAAAAAAGAUUUCAAGACAUUUGUACCAUAGCUGUUAUUUUUAGUGUACAAUAGUGGUGCUAUACCUUUUCUUUACUGAUAACAAAAUUUGACUAUUAUUUUUAUUGCCAUUCUGGAGGAAUUUUUAGUGUUAGGUGACCAAUUUUUAAGACCAUUUAAUUACAUUUUUGAAUGAUAGUUGUUUUUGCCCAGUUGUUGAGAAAGUUAUCUAUCCUUGUUUACACCUCUUUCAAGCUACUAUUCAGUAAAAUCCCCAAAUUAAAUAAAAACUACUUAAUUUGCUUUGCACCCACAAGGGUUUUUGACUGAAAAGCACUCUUACAGUAAAAAUGAUCUGGUAAUAUUGAGAAGAAUUGCUGCAUUAUUUUUAGAGGCAAAAGAAAAGGGGAUUUCAAAACUUAAAUAUUCAUUUUAGAAGAAACAACUUUGAAUAUGGAAAUUGUUAUCAUUGUAUAACUGCCAUAAAGUUAUUUUAUAACAGAAUUUGACAAAUGCUCUUUAGUGUAUGCUAGAAUACAGAACAUAUAUAUAUAUAUAUAUAUAUAUAUAUACCUAGAAUAUGUGGAUAGAGUAGACUAAAACCAGCCAGUGCUAGUUUUGCUAUUUUAGAAUUACUUGAGAGUCAUAAUAUUUACAUAAUUUCCGGAUGGUUUUCUAAUAUUUUCACACCAAUUUAGAUAGUGUAUUUUUAAAGUCCUUUUUCAUUUUAUUAGCUUCUAUUUGCUACAUAGUCAAUAUUUCAUUGUCUUUCUAUGAACUUUAAAUUUUUAUUCUGGUACCUUUCAUAUUAUAACUAGAAAAUUUAGUAAGUCUGAUCUUGCCUUUCAUAGGGAUAGGGAGCCAUUUUGAGAUUCUGUCAGGUACUAUGCCUCAUCCUUUCAUAAGGUUGAGGAUCCUAAACUACCACUUAAAGGUAAUUAAAUUAAAUUAAAUUAAAGGUAAUUAGCAAUGUAAGCAAAAGCUGACCAAACUUCAAAAUACAGAGAACUUUGCUUCCCUUUCCACAAUGCAGGAGGGAUGGAUGCCAUUGUAAUAAAUAUGAUCUAGAAAUUUUACUUUUGCCAUCUAAAAAAAGGGUUGAUUUUCCUAAAACUAUAACAACUUGCUCUCAUAUAAUGGCUUACUAUUUUGCAUUCAUUUUUUUGUUACAUUCUCACAGUCCUGUCAAGUGAGUAAGGCCACUUAUUUCCAUCCUACAAUUGGGAAAUUGGGGCUUAUCAUGUGGCUUAUCCAAGGUCACACAGCUAAGUAAAGAGCUGGAAUUUGAAACCACCUCUCUCCAGUAUACUACACUUCAAAGAUUAGAACCUAUCAAUAAUGCAAGAAAGAAUCCAAGUAAGACAGGUGAUUAUUAAAAGUAAUAAUUUUAAGUCCUUAAGGUUUGUGAAUGUAGGUGAACCAAAUUUUGAUUAUGAUAUUUGACUUAAUGGUUUUGGUUUUUCCUUAAAUGUAUCUCACGAACUGGGAGGCUUUGUAACCUGAUACCUAAAAUAAGUAAAAUAAAAAGCAACUUUUUUUUUUUUUUUUUUUUGCUCUUCGUUAACUCCAAUCUUUAAAAUUAAAAUACUCCUAACUCUUAAAAGAGAGCAUUUACUUUGUGACACACAUUGUUCUGUAAUAAUAUCUAAAAGUUUUUAACAUUUUGGAUAUAUUUAGUACAUUAAGAUUUUUUAAAAGUUUGCUCUUUACAAUAUUCUUGUGCAGUGGUGUAAAUGUUUAGCUCCCAGGGAAGUUUAAGUUACUUGCUUGUGAUCAUACAGUUCAUGUAGGAGCAAGCCAAAAUUUGAACCUGACUACCAAGUCCAGGCCAUUCCCAUUGUACCACAUUGCCCGUCAAUUUGGAGCUGCAUUAAAAAUUUAAUUCCAAUCAAAAGUAAAAUUAUGAAGCAAAUUAGUUGAGAAAUAAACUUAUUAAGAAUGUAAAGAUUAAUAACAAUGAGGAUUGGGUUUAUAUCAUCCCCCGACAAAGACUACACAGCUUGGCAUGUUUGCAUGAACUUUAAAGCCUAUUAAAUUUCGCAAAGGAUGGGAAAAUCUAAUUACAUCUCUCCUUACAAUCUGCACAUUCCACAGAAAAAACUUUUCCAGUUUGGAAGUGCACUCAAAUCAGGGUUCUACUUUUGACUUUUUCUCCAAAAGGUAGGAAAUACCAAGGCAUUCAGUACAAAACUGGAAUAGAGUAGGGGGUUUGAGUCACUCAUGAAUCAUCUAUGCUGAAGUGUGGAAACUAGAGUACUCUUCGAAAAACAUGGGUUUUCUGUAGUUUCCAGAAUGGGGCUAAGGAGGAAAGAAUAGCUGAUGAGCUUAUCAAAUGUUUUGCAAAUACCAGGUGUAAAUCACGUCUUUUAAAAUAAGCUUUUAAAAAAAUCCAUUAAAUGAUCAAGAUUUAAUGCCUAAAAUAAAACUUUUAACAUUGCAAUAAGGAAUAAACACUGGGAACAAGUCGUAAAGCAAAAUUUCCAUAUCAAGGAGUAUUAUGUAUUGUUGGUAAGGACACACCUACCUUGAAGUAGAAUAGUUAAAGAGUGCUUUGGCUUUUUAUGCUAGGGUGGACAGGCUGGUAAUACUAUGCUUUGAAGCAUUUGAUAUUCCUUUCUUUGACUAUGGUGCAUAUGAUCCUGGGUGGGGUGCUCCAGUAGUGGAGACACAUAAGUAAACCAGUGAUGUUAAGAAUAUUAAAUUUUUCUUUGCUUAGGGAUUGUGUGGAGAAAAUAUUAUUGUAUAUACUGAUGCCAUGGAUUAUUUAUGAACUGGAAUAGUCCAUAAUUAACUGGUUUAAUUUGUCCUAAUGAGGUAGCUUCUGACAUAUUUCUUAAAUUCAGAUAGUAUCAAAAAAAAAUUUUGUCAAAAGGUUAGAUGAAAGUUUUCCUGGGUUUGCUUCAAGGUAUUAUACAAGCUAUGCUCUAUAGGAGUUUUUAUCUUCUGGAUGCUGAAAGAAAAUCCACCUUGGUAUUUUAAAACCUGUUUUGUCUUCAAAAUGAUUGUCCGAGAAAGAUAUGGAAACUCAAGAUAAACUCUUAACGUAUGAUCUUUAAGCACAAAGUUUCUCUCUCUCUGGGAAGUUGUUUUUUAAAUGAAUAAAAUAAUAUUACUAAUUACCCCCCCCAAAAAAAAAAAUUUAGAGGUAUACAAAACCCCCCUCCCUUACAGUUACCUGGGAAAUGGUAAAGACUUGCUCUAGAUCGUUAUCAAGCACAUGUCACAAGACUUAAAACUCAACUUGUCUUAGGGGAAUGGCCAGCCCUCUAGUCAUUUGAUUUGCAUCUCAUGGAUUUUUUAAAAAUUUGAACUGCAUUCCCAGGGCUAAAUGAGAAUUGAUGUUAUAGUAGCUUCUGUACAUAGCAUUUCAUAGUUUCAAAAAAAUGCUUUCUUCAGUUCUUUGAGGUAUGAGUAUUACCAUUUUUAAAGUUGAAGAAACAAGUCUAAACUGUUCAGAACAUUUUUGUCUUUGUAUUCAGAGAACCUGACAUAUGUUAGAUGUUUAAUUCUUAAGUGAUUCAUAAGUUGUUUAGGGAAACAGCUAAGUGUUGACCCAGAAUUUCAACUAAAUUGUUGAGACUUAGAAGUCCAGUUAUUUUUACAGAAGUAUGCCUGAUUUUUAAAUAUUCCAAAAGACUUUGCAAACUCCUUGAGAUAGAGGUAACAGUGGUUUUUAAUUUGAAGGCAGGGGAAGAGUUUAGGGUUGGGUUUUUUUUGUUUUGUUUUGUUUUGUUUUGUUUUUUGAUCCUGUAUCUUCUAGUACUUUGCAUAUGGUUGAUAAUUAACAUUAGAAAAAACGUGGUUCAAUUGAUGCAAAAGGAAAAUUUUUUUUUCAUAUUAACUUUCAUAUUAACAUUAUAAGACUAAAAAAAAGAUGCAUUAUGUUAAAUCAAUUUAGCUUGAUGUCCUACAAGUUAUGCCUAAAUUCUGCCUUUCUAGGAGUUAAUAAUGCUUUUUUUUUUAUUAAGUUUAGACUUUCUUGGGUUUUCACAGCACUUUUGACUUUUUGUUUAAACAGCCUAUGAAUUGGGAUCAGUUCAGGGAGGGAGGGACACAGUUUAGGUGGGUAACUUUUUUUUUUUUUUAAACUAAUAAUUUUCUGGUUUUUGGAGCCAUUAAUUUAGAGCUCAAAGGGACUUCUAAAUCCAAUGUCCCAUUUACUACUUCUCCUUUUGUUAAGUGCUCUUUUAAAAAAUAACCUUGGAAACAGGUUUCAUUCCACAUAAUUGUUCCACCCUCUUAAGAGGAUAGGUAGAGUGGAGAGAGAUGUUCUAUUGCCUCUUUUUUUUUUUUUUUUUAAAAGAGAGAUUUUAUUCUUAGGCAGAAUUUAAAAUGGAGAGGAAAGGUCUAAGAAUCAACCUUAAUGCACACUGCUGCCAAUGCUAUGCUAAAGUUUUCCAUUUCACCAAACUACCUUAGGCAUCUCAUUUGUAUAAUUUUUUGUUUGUUUAAACAUUUAUGCUUUUUAAUAUCUUUUACACCACUAAGACUCUUCACAUAUUCCUCUCUCCCUCCAUAAAGCCCUGUUACAACAAAAACAAUCGUUUUCCCCAUUUUUCUCUUAAUCCUCGUUUAUCUUAGGAUCAGACAAUAGUUUUAUAACUAUAGUUCAGCCAUUCUCCCAUUUAAGUAUUCCUGUGUUUACAGGGUUUUUUGUUUUGUUUUGCUAUUAUAAAAAAAUGCUGCUUUGACUUUUUGGAAUAUGUGAAAUUGGAGUGUUUGUCAUUUUACCUCCAUUAGGUUAAAUGUAGUCAUGGGUCUAUACACAUAUACAUAAAUUAGGAAUUAGCAAAUUUUCUUUUAUUAGACCAUAUUACAAUUAUGUGCCUGAUUUCCCAUAGUCCCUUCAACAUUGGCCUUUCUUUUUCUUUAUCUUUUCCAGGUUAUGAGAUGAAAUCGGAGUUUUAAUUUUCCCAAUUCUUUUACUAUGAGUUUGAUAGUUUGCAUUUCUUUUAAAACUUAAAUUUUUUUGGCCAAUUAUCCAAUAAACAGUUCCUCUUAAGUGGAGGAAGAUUCUAUUUUACAAAAUUACCCUUUACACUUAAAUAUUGAAAUUAGCUGAAUUUCUGUUUUACCCUCUAAUUCAAGCAGACCUCUUAGGAAAAUUUUGUUCAAAAUGUUAUGGCCCAGUGUCUUUAUUUCCUUUUGAUCAUAUAUUAACAAGGAAAAUUUCUUGGCAAAUAUUAAUGGUAAGAGUAAAAGAGAUGAGGUUGCAACACCAAUCUCCUGAUUCCAUCUUGUAGUUCAUGUUGUACAUAUGAUACAUUAGAGGUGGGGGUGUCUAGUGGAAAGAAUAGUAUAUGCAGAGUUGGGAGAAUUGUGAGUUUAAAUUCCACCUCUAGCACUUGCUGUCUUUGUAAAUAAAUAUGGUCAAAUCUCAACCUCUCUGAGCUUCCAUUUGUUCAAUAAAAUAUGGGUUAUAAUAACUGUCGAACAUAACACAGGGUUGAGGAUCAAAUGAGAUAAUGGUUGUAAGCUGUUUACUAUACAAGUCAAUGGCAGCUAUUACACCACACUCCCUCCUUGAAAAGAGCCAUUCUUUCUGUAGUGUAUGUGGAAAUGUUUAAAUAUACAGGAAUUGAGUGCUUUCUUCCUUGGUUUUUUUCUGAGAAGGAAUUGUUGGGAAAAUUUGUCUAGGGACCUAAACCUCCAUUUCCUUUCAGCGCUGAGAUUGUGUAAUCUUAGGGAAGGAUUACAGUGUAAAUUUUAUAGUAUUAGGUUCUAUGUGUGUAGAUCUAAGAGAGUGGGAUUUGCUAAAUUCAAGCCCCAGUAUAUGGUUAUAAAAGAUUUAUUUUGAUUACAAAAAAGCUCUUGUGCUAUCUAAUAAAAUAAAUGCUACCAAGCAUAUUUUGCUUUAAUUUGGAGUGCCAUUUAAGCAGUAAAUCCUGCCUAAAAGAAUUUAUAAUUUAUAAAUGAUGAUAAUUCAGCCAGUAAUUAAUAUAUAUAUUUUAUCCUCAUAAAGAAAUAAUCAGGUCAGUUACUUGUCCUACACAGAAGAGUUUUGCCACAUUUAAAAUGGUUCCUUUUUUUUUUUUUUUUUUUUUAUUACAAAUGGACCUGAUGAUAUGAAGUAUCUUUAGUGUUUCAAUUAGGUCCUCUAAUGAUUUUUCCAUUAACUCUUUAACUCUUGUCAAGAUAUAUAAUCUCUCUGGGCCCUAAUUUCUUGGUUGUGAGAAGAUAGCCUAAAUGAUCAUAGUAGUUUAAGCUAAAAGGAAACUUAGAUAGUAUGAUGCUGUUUAAGAGUGCUAAAUUUGAAGUCAGAUCUAGGUUUGACCCACAAAAGUGUGUAAAAUCUUUUACAUUGAGGAUUUCUUAGAGUCAAGAUGGCAAAGCAGUAAAUCACUAUAACUCCCAUAAUCAUCUCCAAAUAACCACAAAAAAGCACCCUAAAACAAAUUCUGGAAGAGCAGAACUAACAAAGACAGGCGAAAACAAUCUUUUAGCCCAAGGAACUUGGAAGAUUGGUAGGAAAGAUCUAUUUCAUUUGGGUAAAAGAAGAAUGCAGUUCAGGACAGGAAGCCAGCCAACAAUCCCCACUUUAGCAAACCAGCAGUAGAUAGUAGAUCUUGAGCACUGGUGAAGUAGGCGAAAGCAACACCAAUACUACUCACAUGCUUCAUCUUACAUAGUCUGGGAAAUCAGACUUGAACUCCAAGAAUCUCUGCUUCACCAUAGCCCUUAGCAAACAAACAGUCUCUCAGCAGCCAGACCACUUCAUUCUGCAGUACAGCCCCAGGGAAAUUCACAAAUCUCCACUGCCUUCACACCAGGCACCAGCACUAGAACCCUGGCUCAGCAUUAGAUAAACUGCCAAAACCCUACAAACUCCAGCAGCACCAGCCACCACCCUUUCCCCAUCUCCUUAGUGCAGCACCAGAUAUGAAGAUCCCCCUUGGGCCUCAAAACAUCAGUCAAUCACUAGAUGAACAGGGUCUGCAGCUCCUGGAACAAGAAGCCUGAGAAUAGUGCUCCUUUUACUUUAAGAACAGAGCUCAAGUUUAAAAGAAAAAGUCCAAAAAAAAAAAAAAAAAAAGAGCAAAAAACAAUGACAAAAGAAUCUGAUCAUAGAAAGUUAUAAGUGACAGAGAAAAUAGUCUGAAACUUAGAAGAGAUCAAAACAAAAAAAAAAGAAAAAAGUGACAGAGAAAAUCGAGUCUGAAAGAAGAGAUCAAAACACCAAAAAGAAAAAAAAAAAAGAAAAAGUAAUUUCAG